GCAGUUUUCAAAACCUCCAAGGUCACCCGUUUGUUUUCGAAUGUCCAACCAUUGGUAACACCUACAAAACCUGUAGAGUUUUACUUCAAAUUAGCUUGAAAGUAAACUGUGAUAUAUUAAAAUUUUUCUCAUCGAUUGUGUUAUUUAUUAAAAGCCAUUUUUUUGACUCAACUAAACAUUUGUGAAGUAAAGGUGAACUUUGGAAAAAUACAGGCAACAUUAUCCAAAAUAGUUCGUGUUAAUUGAGGGCUAUUACAACCAAAGCUCAUUUUUUCCAUUUACUUUGAGGAAAUAGUGAGACACUUGGCCUAAAUGUCUCACAUCAGGAAAAACCUUUGUAAAUUAUCAACUUCCCUAUCUCGGAUUUUAGGGUUCUCUCCGAAAUCCAAUAACAGAGUAGAUACCUAUCAACCCUAAUAGACACUUUCUCUUUCACCUUUGUAACAGUAGUGAAGUUACAUAAAAAGGGAAACAGUUGGAUGCGUUUCAGUUGUCCCUUGCCUGCUGCUUCUUCGUAAUCUCGUCAGUUGGCCUUCUUGUCUGUCUGAUGGCUUACUGGUUUCCUGUGGUAUGAUAUGAUACGUACUGUAGUCGAUAAAAAUGACUUUAAUAAAUGUGGUUGGAAAUUUUAUUUUCAAUGGUUUGUAAGUUAUAAUCAACGCGGCGCAAAUCUGCGUUAACCCAUGUAGACACACUGUAGCAACAGAAUAAAGUCAGAAUUAAGAGUUGGACUGGACAUUUUCUGCUUAGUACUCGCCCGUUCGUCUUCAAAUCACUUAAUGUAAAACUUUUAUACUUCCAUAACUAGGAUUCAUCUAUACAUACCAUUUGUAGGUUCUGUCAAUGUCUCUACUUUAGUGAUUCGUGAUUUCUCUUCCUUUAGCACGACAUCAGUUUGUUGUACCUUGCAGUCAUCUCAUUACUUUUAGUAUUUUAAUCGCUGAUGUUUUUAGUUGAUAAAUAGUUGAAUCUAAAUAUCUUAUGCUAUACACCAACACCUUCAUUACGUUUGGUCUAGUUUUUAGUUGUUCACACUCAUUACGUCUCUGUGGCGACUAUAGGCCCCCAUAUUUUUUCAAAAACUUUGCUUCUUUGCAGGUAUAUAGGUACUCUUUGUCGGUAUACGUUAAAAUAGCAUUUCGUAAAGUUAUGGCUUUGGAUCUUUCAAGUGUGAAUGACACUUCUUUCGAAGAAACUGGCUCAAAUACAACCUAUAACUGUGUUUUCCUCUCUUCAGAAGUUAUUUCUUUCCCUGGAACUAAUGAUAUUCUCUUCUAUAUAUCUGAAAUAGGUCAUUUAGUUUUGGCAAACUUCUUCGUUGAACAUUCCAAUGGAAGUUACAUACUUAAAAAACUUCCACAUAUCAAAUUUCCACAUGAUUCAUCCGAUUUACCAACAAAUCUAUCUUUGGAUAAAAGUCUCUCAAAUCAAGAAAAUGUAAUAUCACAACUUUCAGUAAAUGAUUGUUCAAAUAUAUUGGAUUUAAACUAUCCUAGUAAAUUUGGACGUAUUGAGACAGAUAUACAGUCCUCAGCUUUGGAUCGCACAAAUGUUUCUCAUAUUCAAACAUGUUCACAACAGACAGCAGUUAAUUCAUCAUCUUUGAACGUACCAGAAUUAGAAAACCCAACUAAUUCUACCAUUCCCCGUCCACAAUGUGAAAACAGUUCAGCUAAUAUGAAUAAAAGUAAAAAUUCCUCGUCUCGCAUUUCACGAUCAAAAUUUUUAGGACAAAUCGUUUGUGAAAUCUUGAACAAAAUGAAGAAUCGUAUGACGUCAUCAGAAAAUCAAGAAAUCAUCAUUCAAGGACAUAAUUUAACUGAACUGGAGCAUUUUGUUAAACACUUGCGAGAGUUUCGUCUACGUUUAGGUCUUUCACAAGUUCAACUAGGUAUCGAGCUUUCAAAACAUUUUAAUGAUAAAGCCUUAUGUAGUCAAACUCUUCUAUCAAGGUUUGAGAAGUUAAAUGUCACUGUUAGAUCUGCUUAUCGGCUUUUGCCUUAUCUAAAACGUUGGAUUUCACAUGCUGAACAAAAUCAAUGUGGUCAAAUCACUAUUGAAAAAUUGUCCGUCUUUCAUCAUCCGAUCCCUGUACGUGCUGUAGGCAACUCCCGUUUAACUACAUUGGCUCGUUUAGGUCGUACCGGUUAUAAUUCCUCAUCCUCUUCUUCUUCAACUUCAUCUGUUUUAGCUCUCGUAAAAAAACAAGUCAAAGAUAAUGAUUGUGUUGCCGAUUAUCCUACAGAUCAUUCUUCACUUUCGGAGCUAACUUCUGAUAUAUCUGAAUUCAACUGUAAAUUACCCGAUCCACAACAAAAAAGAUGUCGGCGGCGUCGUACUUAUUUUUCCCCAAAAGCUUUAUCAAUAUUAACUGAAUUUUACUCUACAAAUACUCGACCAAAAGGUACUGAUUUCACUGAAUUGGCAUCAAGAAUAGGCUGUGAUAGAGAAUCAGUUCGUGUUUGGUUCUGUAACAGACGUCAAUUAGACCAUGAUUGCUCUCAAAAAGUUUAGUGACCGCUUCAGUAGAUUUGUAGGAUUGUUAUCAAUAGAUCGUUUAUUUACUUUCUUGUUUCUUGCACAUAUGUGCCUGGUCCUACGUUUCUUGUUUAAUCCACUUUAUCGUAUCACUAUUUGAGAAUUAACGUUCUCAAUAAUUUGUACAUUUGUUAUAAGUUUUUUAAACUAUUGUUAUGCUGUCAAUCCUCCAUUGAGACCAAACCUUCGCAAUAAAAUGUCUUGUUCUAUGCUAUUAAAAAAAUUAACCGGUAACUUUAGU